AGUGAGUGAGUUACAGUGUAUCCUAGGUCGUUGUCGUAAAUCGCUGGAUGAACUCGCAGAACUCACAUUAACGAACUUUCCUUCAUAUUUUCUGGACAAAACUCAAACUUUUAAAACUUAUAUAUGUAUAUGUAUAGAUAUAUAUAAAAAGAGAACUCCCGGAAGAUUCUCUGUUUUUGUUUUUUCAUGUGUUCACGGUGAUUGUUGUUGAUGGCGCGGUCUAACUAAGAUGGACACGGAUUGUCUGCCGGCUGGAGACUAGAGAACUGCCUCAGCCUCUCAAUCUAAAUGUAGACUUUAUUUUGUUGUUUGACUUUUUUUAAUUUAUUCUGUCAUCUGUCCGCGCGGGGACGUGUUCUACUCAUCAGGUGGAUGUAGGAGGACCGGGUCAUUUCCAUCCCAGGAGGUCACACAUCCGAUGAUGAACAGUUCCCCACUGAGGUUGCGGUGAACUUUUCCCACCAGUGGACUCGUCAUGUCGGGAGUGGUCCGAACCCUGAGCCGCUGCCUGCUCCCGGCCGACGCCAGCCGGGACUCGGGCGGCAGCAAGGAGAGGAGCCGGGAGCGGGACGCGGCACAGGAGCGGGAGGCGCGACGCAGGAGCCGGGAGAUAGACGCGAUGCUCGCCCGGGAGAGGAGAGCCGUGCGCCGGCUGGUGAAGAUCCUCCUGCUCGGGGCCGGAGAGAGCGGAAAGUCCACUUUCCUCAAACAGAUGCGCAUCAUCAACGGACAAGAGUUUGAUCGGAAAGCGUUGCUGGAUUUCCGAGACACUAUCUAUGAGAAUAUACUGAAGGGCAUGCGCGUGCUGGUGGACGCCCGCGACAAGCUGGGCAUCAGCUGGCAGAGCUGUGAGAACGAGAAGCAGGGCAUGCUGGUGAUGUCGUGGGAGGGACGUGUGGGCGCCUCGGGCGUCGAGCCCGGCGAGUUUCAGCUGUACGUGAUGGCACUGUGUGCGCUGUGGGCCGACGCCGGAAUACAAGAGGCCUACGCGCGACGGGCUGAGUUCCAACUGAGUGAGUCAGUGAAAUACUUCCUGGAUAACUUGGAUCGUAUUGGACAACUGAACUAUAUCCCAAACAAACAGGACAUAUUGUUUGCGAGGAAGGCAACUAAAGGAAUCGUCGAGCAUGACUUUGUCAUCAAGAAGAUUCCUUUCAAGAUGGUGGACGUCGGAGGGCAGAGGUCCCAGAGGCAGAAGUGGUUUCAGUGUUUCGACGGGAUCACGUCAAUUCUCUUCAUGGUGUCGUCUUCUGAGUACGACCAGGUCUUGAUGGAGGACCGAAGGACAAACCGUUUGGUGGAAAGCAUGAACAUCUUCGAGACCAUCGUCAACAACAAGCUCUUCCUCAAUGUGUCCAUCAUCCUCUUCCUCAACAAAACAGACCUGCUGGUGGAAAAAAUACGCACGGUUGACAUCCGCAAAUACUUCCCUGAGUUCAGGGGAGAUCCUCGCCGACUAGAGGAUGUACAGGCAUUCUUGGUGCAGUCGUUCAGUCGUAAAAGAAGAAACAGGGGGAAGCCGCUUUUCCACCACUUUACUACAGCAGUAGACACAGAAAAUAUCCGCUUUGUCUUCCACGCCGUCAAGGACACCAUCCUGCAGGAAAACCUCAAAGAUAUCAUGCUGCAGUGACCUUCAGGCGGCAGACGGACAGCAAACUGUGAAACUGGACAUGAAUUCAGACCUGAAGGUCUGCUUCUCGCCGACACGUUUUAACACUGCCCUGUGGAGCGGUCAGUUUGACCCGCAGUAUGGAUCUAACCGAACUUUAAUCCUGUGGAAAUAUAAAAGUGACUGUGGAGCCUUUGGUCUACUGCGGCCCCUGUGGAAACCGAGACCCUGCGUGUGUGUAACCUGUGAACAUGUGUGUUUGCUGGAAAGACGGCGGUCGCCGUCUCCUGUGUGUAGCACUCGGCUGUUCUUUCUUUGAUAUACAUGCACUGAAAGUGCUUUUGUUUUCUCUCACAUGUAAAUGACUAAUGACAACCAUGUCACUAAACCCAGUCAGACUGACGUCAGUUGAAACGUGGGAAAUGCUGCGCGAGCUACAAGUAGCGGGUGAAAAGACAAGAAAAAGGAUGUUUAGAGCAAGUUCCUAAUAGACAUGUGACAGAGGGAAAGCAGCGAGCGUCUGUGCCCACACUGGUCACAUGCUGCGUUAUGUGAUAAGGUUGCACAAGAGUUCCUGUCGACGACGAUGAUGAUGAUGGUGUCUCUCUUUUCUCUCCUGACAAACAGCUGCAGAUAAGAAGUUGCUUCACUCUUUUCCCAGCUCUCUCCUCUACUUUAGAGAUUGUCCAUCUCCUCCCUCUGCAGCUGAAACAGUAGACGAUUAAAUUAAAGACUCCUCUUGGUUUUUAGAAACAUGUAGUUCCUGAUCUUCCCUGAGUUAUGGUAGACUCGUCCCCAGGCAUAUUGUAAAUAUCCCCUUUACGAGGCGAUUUUUGGAUUCGGUUAUGUGGCUUGUUCCCAGUAUUUGUCUUGUUAACAUGGAGGAAACAACAGGAAAUUAUAGUAUUGACUUUAAUGACAUGUUUCUGAUAAUACACACAGGAAAAGUGAUUUUUUUUAAGUCAACUUUAACCCUUGGCUUAGUGUAAAUAGCUACGUCUAAUAAUUAGUUAAGUUAUUGAAGUGAAAUGAAACAAAAAUGAUCCCACAUCAAUCAUAGGUGAGUUCGAAAGACGCCAUCCUUAGCUGCAUGAAUCAGUAUUCAGCGUGUAAAGAUUGUGGGGCGUUUUAGAAUCUUUUAGCUCUUUGUUUUGGUUUGACAGCCUGUAACUGUUUCCAUCUUCUGCCAGCAGCUGACUUUUUGUCCUUUAAACAGAAGGAACUAAACCUGGUAAACUCUGUGGAGAGAAGGUGUAACACGAUUUAUGAUUGGCUCUUUCCCCCGAAGAUGCCCCAUCCCAUCCCAUGCCACCAGCUUUCUAAUCAUCAAGGUAUGAGGAAGGAAGUGCACUUAUGUUUAAGAGAGUUUCAAAAAAAGAAAAGAGAGAAAAAAAGGAGUUAGUGGUUUAAUGUAGGGACCCCUAGGCCUCAAAGUCUCUUUAAAGGUGCCGUAUUUGAGCAGUAGUCAAAGAGCCUCAUAUUUCCCUCAGGAUUUGGAGACCAAAACAGACCUUAAAGAGACUUAGUAUUAGAUUUAUAUUUGUCCUCUGUUCAGCAGGGACUGUUCAGGGCUUAAAUAAGGUUUGUCAUAUCACUUUGUUACAAAACCCGUAGAGUGUCCAAAAAUGUAGCUUUUAACUACAAGUUAUUUAAUAAGGUAACCAAAAUAAUCAUUAUUGAAUGAAAUAAUCGCCACUUGCUGCAUUAUUAAGGCCCGAGUUAGGUGGUACUGUUGCUAUGGUUACUUGCAGUUUGACACACCUUGUGCACUGAUUAUAGAUUGGUGGUAAAACUGUUUCCAGGUUGCCCUCGUUACAUGAUUCUGCAUUUUCAAAACAACGUUUCAACCACGACCUUCCUUUGAGUGUAAUAUGUGAAAAUUCCGUGUGAAAAAUUAGUGAAAAUAAGUGAAAAUUUUCAUGAUUUGGAUUUUGGUACGCAGCCGUAUGUGAAGCAGCUGAAUAUUAAUAUUAUAAUCCAGCCGGAAUAUUAAAUCCAAAUAGCCUGCAGGGGAAUGAGGCUACUCAUGAGCACUUCCACAUGUCUUAUUAUUAUUCUGUAUUCAACUGUGUACUUCAUUUUUGUGUGUGUGUUCAUAAUGACGUGUGCAUUUUUAUUUUUUACUUUCUGUACAUAUUAUUCUGUAAGUAUUUGCCUGACACUGUGUGUUAACCUUUACAAUACAAGCACCACUUGGUCUAACAGGAUCACUGUAAAACUGUAACGUUGCUGUAAGAGUUGUUGUUAACUAACUAACCUACCUUUUUCCACUCACACAUGUUAGUUUUGUACGUGUCGUCAUUGCACUGGAUGUACCCGAGAGAAAAACGACCAGAAAGGAAAACGUCUGGGGCUUUUAUAAAAAAGAAGAAAGAAAAGAAAAUGGCAAUGAAACAAAUAAACAGAGUGAGGACUUUGAAAGUGGAGCAGGAUGAAAAGAGGGAGGUCUUCUGCUGUUGUUUUUAUGUUACCCACUGCCUUGGCUCUGUGCUCUGUGGUGAAAUACACUGCCUUUUUUUGCUGA